AUGGCUUCCCUGAGAAUUUCUCCCAUCGUUUCAUCCUUCAACAAUCAGUCGAAAAGAAGCUGUCAAAGUCAUCGAGGCAAACAUGAUCAGUCUUGUUCAUCGUUGUUAUUUGGGAAAACAUUCCCGAAUAGGGUUUUGAAUGAGAAUGGGAGAUUGUUAACCAUCUCAAAAGUAGCUGCUUCAGAAGUGGUUGCAAAGGAAGAAAGUAAUGAGGAAAAGACACAUGUUGCUUUUACAAGUGUUAGGCAAGAGAGAUGGCAAGGAGAGCUUCAAGUCGAAGGAGAAAUUCCUCAAUGGCUGAACGGGACAUAUCUAAGAAACGGUCCGGGCGUAUGGCACGUGGGAGAGUACAACCUCCAGCACCUGUUCGACGGGUACGCGACGCUCGUGCGCCUCAACUUUGAGAGCGGGCGGCUCGUAAUGGGGCAUCGCCAAAUCGAGUCUGAAGCCUACAAAGCCGCCCAAAAGAAUCAAAAAGUUUGCUUCCGUGAGUUCUCCGAUAAUGGCCCUAAAAGCGACAAUUUCUUAGACUACAUGGGCGACCUUGCUAAGCUCUUUUCGGGGGCUUCGCUUACCGACAAUACCAUGACCGGUGUGGUUAAGCUAGGCGAUGGCCGAGUCCUAUGCUUGACCGAGACCCAAAAGGGCUCUAUUCUGAUCGACCCCGACACGUUGGACACGUUGGGGAAGUUUGAGUAUACUGACAAUUUGGGCGGGCUCAUUCAAGCGGCCCACCCAAUUGUCACUGAUACCGAGUAUAUUACUUUGUUACCCGACCUAAUCAACCCGGGCCACCAAGUCGUCAGGAUGGAACCCGGGACCAAUGAGAGGAAACUCAUGGGGCGGGUCAAUUGUCGGGGCAGGCCAUCCCCCGGCUGGGUCCAUUCCUUCCCGGUCACCGAGAACUAUGUCGUGGUCCCGGAGAUGCCACUUAGGUAUUGUCCUCAGAAUUUGCUAAAGGCUGAGCCCACAGAAUUGUAUAAGUUUCAAUGGCUCCCUGACUCCAAGGCCUACAUGCACGUUAUGUGCAAAGCCACUGGCAAGACUGUGGCGAGUGUGGAGGUUCCUCCGUUUGUGACGUUUCAUUUCAUCAAUGCUUAUGAAGAGACUGAUGAAGAUGGAAGAGUGACGGCCGUUAUUGCUGAUUGUUGUGAACAUAACGCUGAUCCUGCCAUUCUUCCUAACCUUUCGCUCCAUAAUCUUCGCUCAUUACACGGCCAAGAUGUGUUGCCUGAUGCAAAGGUUGGGAGAUUUAGGAUUCCAAUUGAUGGGAGCCCAAAUGGGACGUUAGAGGCAGCAUUGGAUCCAAAUGAGCAUGGCAGAGGCAUGGAUAUGUGUAGCAUUAACCCUAACUUUUUGGGGAAGAAAUAUCGCUAUGCUUAUGCUACUGGUGCACAAAGGCCUUGCAACUUCCCAAAUACCAUUACUAAGCUUGAUUUAGUGGACAAGAAGGCUAAGAGCUGGUGUGAGGAAGGCUCUAUCCCCUCCGAGCCCUUCUUUGUGGCUAGGCCUGGUGCCGCUCAGGAAGAUGAUGGUGUUGUGAUCUCCAUGGUUAGUCAGAAGAAUGGUGAUGGAUUUGCAUUGGUGUUGGAUGGAACUACUUUUGAAGAGAUUGCUAGAGCUAAAUUUCCCUAUGGUCUUCCUUAUGGGCUCCAUGGAUGCUGGGUUCCCAAGAAUUAG